UCAGUUUGGGACCCAGGACUUGAAUGAGUUGGUAGUAACAAGUAUGGGAUCUAGGGGCAGGUUACUCCCAAAUUAGGAUUGAGGGACCCACACGAUCCUCUUUUCCACUCAGUGUGUGAGGAGUUCAUUUGCUCAGGCUGGGGUUUCUAAGGCAGGAAAGGACCCAAGGCUCCAGCAAGAGCUGGUUCAAGGGCCUGAACUCGCUGCAUCUUGGCAGAAUUCAACAUGACCAUUCUUCUCCCGAUAUUGCUGGGCCUCUGCCUAGGCUGCACAGGAGCAGCCGGUGGCUUUGUGACCCACGUGGAGAGCGCCUGUCUCUUGGAUGAUGACGGGACGCCCAAGGACUUUGCGUAUUGCAUCGCCUUCAACAAGGAUCUACUGACCUGCUGGAACCCGGAGGAGGGGAUGAUGUCUCCUUGUGAAUUUGGAAUCCUGGGUGGUUUGGCCCAAGACCUAUCAAGUUACCUCAAUAAUGAUACAGACCUGCUCCAGCGCCUGAGUAACGGGCUCCAGGACUGUGCCAAACACACCCAGCCCUUCUGGAAGUCUCUGACCCACCGAACACGCCCACCAUCUGUGCAAGUCGCUCAAACCACUCCUUUUAACACAAGGGAGCCCGUGAUGCUGGCCUGCUACGUGUGGGGUUUCUAUCCGGCUGAAGUAACAAUCGCAUGGAUGAAGAACGGAAAGCCCAUUGCCCCUCACCAAAAUAUCCAGAAGGUUGCCCAGCCCAAUGGAGACUGGACAUACCAGACCAUCUCCCAUUUAGCUUUAACCCCCUCUUAUGGGGACACCUACACCUGUGUGGUGAAGCAUGUUGGGGUUCCUGAGCCCAUCUCGAAGGACUGGACCUCUGGGCUUUCUCCCAUACAGACAAUAAAGAUUUCUGUGUCUGCAGUGACCCUGGGCGUGGGCAUCAUCGUCUUCGGUCUUGGUCUGGUCAGCUGGCGGAAGGCUGGCUCCUCCAGCUACAUUCCUCUCCCUGGAUCCAAUUAUCCAGAAGGAUAGCACAUUUCCUAGGGGCAGAAGCCUACAACUUCCACUCCAAGGAAGAUGGAGAUCCCAGCUAUUAAUGAUGCUACCAUGUCCCCCAGUGUCUAACAUAUUCUACCCCUCCUCCAAUGUUCUUGGAUCCUAAGAUUUCUUCACUCAAUUUUUGGACAUUUCCAGUUCCCUUUAUGUAAACCAUAGCAGCUCGAAGGGGCUCAUAUUCUGUGAUCAAAUUCAUUGUGCAAGGUUGUCUUUCUUAGGCGACUAUAACUGUGGAGGGAGUUCAACGCCUUCUCCCAGAGCGGCCCGCCCCCCCCCCCCCCCA